GAGGGAUUGAUGCGGUAUCUACUAGUGAGAGAUUGGGUUUGGAAGGGGACGUGUAGGCUUGAGGGUGUGGGAGUUUCUAGUAUGUAUAGUUGUUAUCGAAUGGUUUGUUGGUGUUUCUUUCUUUUUCUGUUACACAUCCUUGACUUAGAUGUUUGGCUGUAUAACUCUGGUUUUCUUGGUCAAUUGGUAACCUGCCUAGGCGGAAUGCGAGGCGGUGGGUGGUUAGUGAAUGAAGCAGCGUAUAAGUUCUAGGGAAUAUUGCCCCUGAUAUACAAACGGCAUGAUACCCGGUUCGCCGUAUAGAUAGUCCAGAAUAGUACUUGUAGAGUGGUCCUUUAGGAUCGGUUUAUAGAAUCGUGGGUAGAAUCAGACCCUGGCCAUAUCCUAUCCUCAUAAAUUGUACAGGUUCCAUUGUAAUGGGUCUGCAAGACUGAUUAGGGUUCAUAGUGAUUCUGGGUCGGGGUGAUCUCUUUCAGCGCCCCCGCCAGUAUUUGAUCUAUGAGCUUCCGGUAUCCGUAGUUACGUUGAUGGUCUCGCCUGGAUAGCCCCCUUUUCAGGUAACGCCAGGAAUUAGAUAUGAAGUGGUCUAGAGACGAGGCACAGUCUGUCCUGUGGCAUCUUGGUUUACAUUCAUUUAGAGUUUGUUCAUGGAUACUUGAC